CAGCGGGAGUCAUACGCCCGCCUUCGGCUGUCAUAGAUGUGGGAAGUAGUCCAGGCCAGGCUCACUGGCCAGUCCGGGUCCCGGAGGAGGUCCGAACACCAGGUCAAUAGGGUCCGCGCCUCCGGUCCGAUCGUUAGAGCGGGGGCAGCGUGGUGACUCUGGAACUGCAGUUCUGUGUGACCAUAGCACCAGGGGCAAGUUAAGAUCCAUGGCUGGGGUUGACACCGGUCGAGACAGCUGAGGGGUUGAAGUCACUGCGGAGAAUGAAGUCCAUGAUGGACGGACCAAGCACAUUCCCAAAUGAGGCGGGGGCGGGAAGCCUUUCCACCAAUAUCUAGUAUCCUGAGUCCCAGGCAGGAAGUGCCCUCUGGCUCGUUCCCUGUAGCCUUCAACUGAGCAGCCCAGGGCCAACUAUACAAGCGUCUUGGAUGAGGGAGGAAGGAGCUCCACUGUAUGAUCUGGGAGCCGAACAUGAACAGAGAACACAAGAAAACGAAGAAGAGCCAUGGGAAAGCCAGAGGAAAGUGGGCGAAUAAGACGGAGUACCUCCUGGUCGUGGCGGGCAAUGUGGUUGGUCUGGGGAACGUCUGGAGGUUCCCGUACCUCUGCUACAAGAACGGUGGAGGGGCGUUCCUGGUACCUUACACCAUGUUAGCGGUGCUCUGUGGAUUACCCCUGUUCCUGAUGGAGAGUGCGAUUGGUCAGUACACCCAGGAAGGAGCAGUCACCUGCUGGAGGAAGCUGUGUCCGCUGGCACAAGGUAUUGGAUAUGGACAGCUCAUCAUCAAACUCUAUGACUUUGUCUACAUUGUAAUCCAAGCCUGGGCCCUACUUUACCUGAUAUUCUCCUUCAGCGCCCAGCUUCCCUGGGCCCACUGUGGAAACAGCUGGAAUACAGAAAACUGUGUGGAUUUGCAGUAUUCACAAUCUAAUGUGACUGUAGGAAACUUUACCAACACCACCUCUGCGGCUACAGAGUUCUGGGAACGCCGGGCUCUGUCCAUCUCUGGAGGCAUCGGGGAGCUGGGCAGUGUCCGAUGGGACCUGGCCUUGUGUCUUCUGGCCUGCUGGACCUUCUGCUACUUCAGCAUCUGGAAAGGGGUCAGGUCUUCAGGAAAGGUUGUGUACUUCACUGCAGUGUUCCCCUAUGUGAUGCUGCUGGUUCUCCUCAUCAGAGGGGUGACUCUACCUGGAGCUUGGGAAGGCAUUAAGUACUACCUGUAUCCAGACUUAAAGCAGGUGGCUGUCCUUGAGGUCUGGGUAGAGGCGGGAUCUCAAAUAUUCUUCUCCUACAGCCUGGCUUCUGGAACAUUGACAGUUUUGGGAAGCUAUAAUGAAAUCCACAAUAAUUGUUACAAGGACACCUUCCUGUUGUGUCUGCUCAACAGUGGAACCAGCUUUGUUGCUGGAUUUGUUGUCUUCUCCGUACUUGGAUUCAUGGCAGAGAGACAAGGUGUUCCCGUUGACAUGGUGGUAGACUCAGGUCCUGGCUUGGCAUUCAUCGCAUACCCCCAAGCAACAGCCCUGAUGCCAUUGCCUCAAUUCUGGACCAUCUGCUUCUUCCUGAUGCUUAUUCUACUCAGCGUGGACACACAUUUUGUGACCGUGGAGUGUUUCAUCACCUCGGUCAGCGACCUGUUUCCCAAACACUUCCGCCGAUCUGGAAGGAGUGAAAUCUUUGUUCUUCUCAUCUGUAUUGCAAGCUAUCUGAUACAACUGCCUUUGGCCUCUGAGGGUGGUAUCUACAUAUUUCAGCUCAUAGAUUUUUAUGCCUGUAAUAGAACAUGUGUGGACAUUAUGGCAGUGUGUCAAUGUUUGGUGUUGGGCUGGAUAUUUGGGGCUGAAAGAUUCUACAACAUCAUUGAAGAGAUGACAGGAACACGGCCAUGUUUUUACUUUAAACUGUGUUGGAAGUAUUUUAUUCCAGUGUUGACAAUGGGUUCCUUCAUUGUGUACAUGCUGAAUUACAAACAAAUGGAGAUUUCUGCUGCAUAUGUCUACCCUUAUUGGGCCCACGUGCUGGGCUGGGUCAUGUCUAUGUCUUCUAUCCUCAUGGUGCCACUGUUUGCCGUUGUGCAGAUCUGUCUUGGGACAGGGCCAUUGAGACAGCGUUUAUCCGUCCUUUGUCAACCUGUUGAAGAUCAAACCGGGCAGAACACUAAGAUGGGCGCAGUUGAGACGGAUGAGGGGCUGAAGAUGUUGGAAGAGUCCGAGCCUGAAAUGUCCUAACGCUUAAAAUAUAACAGUCAACUGUUGCAUUGUAUCAAUGGUUUUUGUUAUUUUUUGAUCACAUUCAUAUCGCUGAGCAAUCUUUGUAAAUUGUUCAAUUGAAGAGUGUGUCUUUUGUAUAACAUGUUUGGCUAUAGUGUGUAAAAGUAAAAUAGAGCCUUGAUUAAAAAAGGACUGUGGAAUGGUGCCAUUAAAUGAUUACAAAGAGA